CAGCCUGCAGAGCGAGAGGAAUUCUCUGGAACUGAACUGGAGCAUUUUCCUGGUUUACUUUGCUUUGUUGCAGAGUGAUUCUGUGAUUCAUUAUUGCGAGUUGUGUAAAACGAUGCAAUAUACAGAUGUAAAGAACAACCAGCACUCCCUGUUCAAUGCAUUAAACAGAUUUAUCACAGCUGUCACCAUCAUGAGUGAAACCAUCAUGGUGCCGAGUUUGCUGCGGGAUCUCCCAACGGAAGAAGAGGGGAAUCGUGGAGAGAGCACAGUCUCCAAACAGAGGGAUAUGUAUGACAAUUACUUGCUCCUCAAGUCCAUCAGAAAUGACAUUGAAUGGGGCAUUCUGGAUGAACACAUAAAGUCUGAUCUGGAGUCCAUGAAAGCCAGAGAGGAAGAUGGUGAUGUAGGGGACCUUCAGCAGCUCUUUCACCAUCACUUGAAUGGAUUGUACAAUGUCCUCAGCAAGCUUACACUGCAAGCUAACUGUCUGACUAACCAUUAUACAAAAGAAUUGAAAUUUAAUAACUUGGAGAGAUAAAAAAUUAAGUGUCAAACUGGAUAUGGUGGCCCAACAGUGUAUAAUUUUUUUUGAUACCUUGCUACUACAGAAAUUUUAUAUUUCAGAAAUUCACUCUUGAUUAAGAUGACUUUAAAUGCAACAAAAUGGCAAGUGAUUGAUUUCUUCUCAAUGAUACACUUUAAUUUUGUUUAAAUUGCUCCUUGCGUGUGGUGCUUUUAUAUGAAUGACAUUUUUACACAUUGCCAUUUCUUUUCUGCACGUUAAUUAGUUCCAAAAUCCAUGCUUUGGUGGGAGAAUCAAUGUUAUGUUGUCUACAAUGACAGAUUAAUUCCAUCCCCACAAUCAAACCCUUUGUGCAAGAGUACGCUGGGUGAGAUUUGAAAUGCAACCAAUAUAAUUCCCUGUUACCAACCUUACUUGCAAAAGGGUCCAACAGCUGAACCACACUUCGUGAGACCAAAUUAGAGUGCACAACGUUAACUGUUCUUUAUGAGAUAUUGUUUUUGACAGUUGCAGUUUGUUUUUGCCCUAAGGUUCAAUUCUUAAGAGCUAGCCAACUAUUCCAUUUAAAGCUAAUACUGUCAAUAACGCAGCUUAUGAGAGGCUGGAAAUCAUGACAUUACUAAUAACAUAUGAUGCAACGUAUCUGGCAAUCUAAGAAGUCAGUAUCAUCCAGUCAUUUUCGCUACUGCAAAUACUAUUUGUCAUGGAAACCGUUCAGGUAAUUUUCCAUUGAUUGCUAGAUGCAUGUUUACACAGGGUAUGUGUUGAAAUUUUAACUCGUCUGUGGAACUACACAUCCACCACCGUCUCUGCUUUAUUCUGAAUGUCUUGGAAGGCUAAUAAGUUUUGCUUGCAUCGUGGUGGACCUGUUAUAAAGGAGAAAUCUCGAAGGCCACCAGAAAUUUUGGUGCAGGUUUUCUAGUUGUUUUGCCUCUCCAGCUUUCAAUGUAAUCAAGUCAUACCAAAAUAGCUUGUUUUUGAUGAAAAGCCCAUUUUCAGCUGUACUUAUGAAGAUGCAUCAUUCUCAAAAUAUCAUGGAAUACUUGUAGAUGUAAA